CUCCAGUGUCAAACUUGACAUCAGCUUGCAAGGCGAGCAUGGUAACUUGUCCAGCGAUCAGAGCUGCAGUCAAAUCAGUGGCACGCUUGCUGGAGAUAUGCGCCUUUCAGUACCCUGUAUUCUCAGAGAAUGGAUUGUCACUUGUGCUGUGUGCUCUGCCUCCUGUCCUGUAUCCUCCUCAGCUGCUCAGAAGUGAUCCCUCAUCCUUCUAACGAAGUUAAUCUGCUGGAUUCGAAAGCAAUUCAAGGGGAGUUGGGCUGGAUCUCCUACCCGUCACAUGGGUGGGAAGAAAUUAGUGGAGUGGAUGAGCACUACACUCCCAUAAGAACCUACCAAGUCUGCAAUGUUAUGGACCAUAAUCAAAAUAACUGGCUUAGGACAAAUUGGAUUCCCCGCAUCGCAGCUCAAAAAAUCUAUGUUGAGCUAAAAUUCACCUUACGAGACUGCAACAGCAUCCCACUUGUACUGGGAACAUGUAAAGAAACAUUUAACCUUUACUACUGGGAGUCAGAUGAGGACCAAGGGGUCAAGUUUAAGGAGCAUCAGUUUACAAAGAUUGACACAAUCGCAGCUGAUGAGAGCUUUACCCAGAUGGACCUGGGAGAUCGAAUUCUGAAAUUAAACACUGAGGUUCGGGAAGUGGGACCUAUCAGUAAAAAAGGACUGUAUUUGGCUUUUCAGGAUGUUGGUGCCUGUGUUGCCUUAGUAUCCGUGCGGGUAUAUUACAAAAAGUGUCCUUUCACUGUGAAGAACUUAGCCAUGUUCCCAGACACUGUACCUAUGGACUCACAUUCUCUGGUGGAGGUGAGAGGUUCCUGUGUCAACCAUUCCAAAGAAGAGGAUCCACCCAAAAUGUACUGCAGCACCGAGGGUGAAUGGUUGGUGCCCAUUGGGAAGUGUCUUUGCAAUCCUGGUUUUGAAGAGCGAGGGUUCACUUGUCAAGCCUGUCGCCCAGGGUUUUACAAGGCAGUUACUGGAAACCUUAAAUGUGCCAAAUGCCCCCCACACAGCUUCACUCAGGAAGAGGGCUCCACACAUUGUUUUUGUGAGAAGAAUUAUUUCCGUGCUGAUAAAGACCCUCCGUCUAUGGCAUGUACAAGACCACCCUCUGCACCAAGAAACCUUAUUUCUAACAUUAAUGAAACAUCAGUUAUACUGGACUGGAGCUGGCCGCUGGACACUGGGGGUCGGAAAGACAUCACUUUUAACGUGAUCUGUAAAAAAUGUGGAGGAAACGUAAAAUUUUGUGAUGCCUGCAAAGGGAAUCUGCGAUUUAUUCCCCGACAGAUAGGUCUUACCAACACCACUGUGACAAUAACAGACUUACUUGCACACACCAAUUACACUUUUGAGAUUGAAUCAGCAAACGGGGUCUCUGACCAGAGUGUAUUGACAAGACACAUUGCCGCCGUCAGCAUCACCACCAACCAGGCUGCUCCAUCUCCUGUCACCAUAAUUAGAAAGGACCGAACCUCAAGAAACAGCAUUGCCCUGUCUUGGCAGGAGCCAGAACACCCAAAUGGGAUCAUCUUGGACUAUGAGGUCAAGUACUAUGAAAAGCAGGAACAGGAAACAAGUUACACCAUCCUGCGAGCAAGAGGCACCAAUGUGACGAUCACUGGUCUAAAGCCUGAUACCACAUAUAUCUUCCAAAUUCGAGCUCGAACAGCAGCUGGAUAUGGAUCAAACAGCCGCAAGUUUGAGUUUGAAACAAGUCCUGAUUCUUUCUCAAUUUCAAGUGAAAACAGUCAGGUUGUGAUGAUUGGCAUCUCAGCAGCGAUAGUAAUUAUCCUGCUCACAGUGGUGGUGUACGUGCUCAUUGGAAGGUUCUGUGGAUACAAUAAAUCUGUGCACAGCCCGGAUGAAAAAAGACUCCACUUUGGAAAUGGUCACUUAAAGUUUCCUGGACUCAGAACCUACGUAGACCCCCACACCUAUGAAGAUCCUAGUCAGGCUGUACACGAGUUUGCAAAAGAGCUGGACUCUGCAUGUAUAUCCAUAGACAAAGUUAUCGGAGCAGGAGAGUUUGGUGAGGUGUGUAGCGGACGACUAAAACUACCAUCCAAAAAAGAAAUCAGCGUGGCAAUAAAAACUCUAAAAGUUGGUUACACUGAAAAACAGAGAAGGGAUUUCUUGAGCGAAGCCAGCAUCAUGGGUCAAUUUGAGCACCCCAACAUUAUACGGCUGGAAGGCGUUGUUACUAAAAGCAAACCAGUGAUGAUUGUGACAGAAUACAUGGAAAACGGCUCUCUGGACACUUUUUUGCGAAAACACGAUGCUCAAUUUACAGUCAUCCAGCUGGUGGGUAUGCUUCGCGGCAUUGCAUCUGGCAUGAAAUAUCUCUCGGAUAUGGGUUACGUCCAUCGUGACUUGGCAGCACGCAAUAUACUUAUCAACAGUAACCUGGUCUGCAAAGUGUCCGACUUUGGAUUGUCCCGUAUUCUGGAGGAUGACCCGGAGGCAGCGUACACAACCAGGGGUGGCAAAAUACCUAUUAGAUGGACAGCACCAGAAGCCAUUUCCUAUCGUAAAUUUACAUCAGCAAGUGAUGCCUGGAGUUAUGGCAUUGUACUGUGGGAAGUCAUGUCAUAUGGAGAGAGACCGUACUGGGAAAUGUCCAAUCAAGAUGUUAUUAAAGCGGUAGAUGAAGGUUACCGGCUGCCACCACCCAUGGAAUGUCCAGCUGCCUUGUAUCAGCUGAUGCUAGACUGCUGGCAGAAGGAUCGAAACAACAGACCAAAGUUUGAGCAGAUUGUCAACAUCUUGGACAAGUUAAUUCGUAAUCCUAGCAGCCUGAAAGUCAUCGCCAAUACGGCCACAAGGACUAAAGCACAGAAUAAAAGCCUUGGAAGGGCUAACAUUUUCCCUGGAUUUACCAGGCCAUCAAAUCUACUAUUAGAUCAAAACAAUGUUGACUUUCCCACAUACCGACCCGCAGGAGACUGGCUUGAUAGUAUGCAGACCGGACAGUGCAAGGACAUUUUAUCAGGAGUUUGUUACAGCUCUUGCGAAACAAUUGCAAAAAUUUCCUUAGAUGAUAUGAAGACAGUCGGAGUCACAAUCAUUGGCCCUCGAAAACAAAUGAUGGGUGCAGUCAAACCUCAAGAACUGCAUAUAAGGAACGGACCUGUUAAUGUGUAAAACAUAAUAAACUACAGGAAGCUACACUUCAAACUUAUGGUGCAAUUUAAUCUAAAAACUGAGAGCGCGCUGUGGGGAGCUUGAACUUAAUGUAAACCUCACACGCUCUUACUUUGGAGUAAACAUGCCUUAAAAUCGGAGUGAAAACUCUUCUAUUUCUCUGUCAGGAAGACUGCAUUUCCGGUCACUAAAGAAAAAUGUACCACAAUUAGGCUGUCAAAAUAGCAGACAUCAAUGAAACAAGAAGAAGAUCACAGGGUCAUCCAGGAGCAAAAGUCAAGACAAGAUUUUGCAAUACACUAUAAAGAUAUAAGUAGUUUUAUGGAUUUUGGUUUGUAAUGAGUUUUAGCAACCCUAAAGUUAACCUGUCAUCAAGAGAAUAGCAUAUUUAAUAUAAAAUGAAUAUCUAUCCAUCAUUAACAGAGCUAUGACAGGCCAGUGUCUUAUGCUGAAUUUUCUGUAUGUUGUUAUGGACAAUCCAGCCCAAGCUGAGAAGCUAAGCUUUUCUCAUUACAGGGGUGCUGGGGAUUGUGGGAGAUCUCCCUAGUGGCAAUAUAGAGAGAAUUAAACACUCAGGGAGAUUAAGAUCCUACCCAACUUCACAAAAAAAAAACAGGAAUUAAUCUGUAGUCAGAUUCCAUCCUAAAUGACAGAGAAUACAUGGUUUAAGUAACAUGAUACUGUAGGGCUCUAGAAUGAGCUAAAGAAUGGUGCGAUUCACCCAAAUAAAAAGUUUGGGGUCAAUACGGAAUGCAAAGCUUUAGUUCAGAUUAUAGACCUGGAGAACUUACUUAUUUCUAUAAAGGCAAGUUCUUUCUUUUUUGGUCUAAGUUGGUUACAUAGAUUCUUCAAGUAGGUCCUUCUCUAGAUUGAGUUAAUAUUUUAUAAGAACUUAACUGAAAUAAACUGAUGAGGGUUGUAGUGUUAUAAACACCUCAUAAUAUACAGUAUAAACCUCUUCUUUCAACUUUCAGUAUGUCAAAACAACAAACAAUGCACAAUGCAAAUAAUAAAUGCCUAAAAUUGCUAAAGGUAAUAAUUAAAAAUAAAACAGAUACUUCACCCAAUAUAUCUUUGUAAAUCUUCCCUAAAAUUAUUAUAUUACUAUUGCCUAUUAAAAUCAAAAUAAUCUAUUUUGAAAAGAGGUACUUUAUUGCAGCAAAUGCUUGAAUUAAAGUAAACCCGUCAACACAGAAGUGCAAUGGCUGCAUUUGCUUAGCUUCUGGUACCUGGCUGCUCUGUUGACCCUCUGCCUUUGGUACUCUGCCCCGGCACUAGCUUGUGGGUCAGUUAAAUCAGAAAGCCUUCCCUACUUUUUUUCUGAAUCAGCAAGGCAGCAUCAGGGUCAGCAUGACAGCAAGGCAGUUGGCAUUUUCAGGGUAAGAGGUCAGCAGUCGCAGCCUCUAUUUUUUUUUUGGACACAUUUCCUUUUAAGGACUAGUGCAUUAUAAAACAAAGUGCCCGUUUACCAUUUCACCCCUUUUUCCCUCUUUCAUAAUCUAAACUACCCCUCGCUUCCCCUCCCAAGACAGUGGCUGUGGUCUCCAGCCCUUGUUUCCAGCACAUCUUAACCCAAAAAUGUGCUGACUACACCUGCAAAGUGGCUUUUCAAUGACUUUGAUGACAUCAGUUCCAGGACAAGGCCUCAUAGAAGUCUAUGGAGAGAUGCUGUGCAGAUGAAGCUUAUGUACAGAAAAUUUUCAAUUCAGGAUAAAAACAAAACAGGGGGCCACACCUGUGAUUUUGAGUUAAGUAUGCAUUUGAGGAGAAGAUAAGUUGGGGUAGCUCAGGUUAGGUAUCUUUCUUUUUUAGUACACUCUACACAAAACAUCGAAAAUGUAUGUCAGACUUUCACUUUAUUAUGUUUAUUGGUAUAGGUUGUGCUAAAGAAAAACUUUAAGAAUGUAAGCUGAGUAUUGCACUUUCAUAGAUGUCUCUGAUACCUACAACUGCCAAGUUCAGGUACACAGGACAAGUCCACAACCCCAGAAAUAUCUUUAAGGGCGGCCAUACACGUUUUUUUUGAAAAUUGUAUCAAAGAAUUUUCGGACGAAUUUCGCACCGUUAGUGGGCUGCAGCAACAGCCGAUUUU